AUGGCCUAUAAUAACCAUUUCCAAUUUACGCCCCGGCAACCCGCACACUACCUGAACCACAAAGUCUCCGAUCUGUCGGACAGUCCGUACCACGGUGAGACAUCCUCUGCCGGAAUUAGGGGCCGGGAGUCCCUCGUGUCACUUCAGUCCACCUACGAAUCUCAACAGUUAGACGGCACGUCAGAUGGAAAUGCCUAUAGGUCAGGGCCAUCUUGGUCACUACCCUUUGUUGGAUCUGGAGGUGGGCGAUACCAACCCGUGGCGCCUCCCAGCCGCUCCAACUCAACUUUCGGGCGUUACAAGAGCGUCCGUGUCAGACCCCAAGAUACAAUUCACGAAGAUGAGAGUAUCGACAUGUCCCUGCUCCGCGCAGCUGCGCCACUUGGACGCUCUGGUCCGUACGACCCCGUCACGGGUUACGAGCCAGCAAUUGAUUUAUCUUCCUUCUCCGGACCUAUGGGUUCCCAGGACCAAAAGUUUGCCAAAUCGCUACAAGCGAAGGAGGCCGGGGGCCACUUAACCGGGGGUAUAGGGGAAGGGAUGAGUCCGACAGCAACCAUCAAGCGAGAACAGCUUAUAGCAAGCUCGCCGUCUCUUAAAAGGAGCUUCACCAGAUCUUUUUCUAUGAAGAGCGCGUCUAGUUCAAGAUCGAGGGCGGGGCUAAAGGAGCUGGGACAGAGUGAGGCCAACAGGAGGGGAGACGUGAUAGAAGUUAUCAUGGAAGAACCUGCAGACUUGAGUACGAUGGUUGGACCUAACGUAGUUGGGUCGGAUCCAACCCGUCGGUACUCACAACUCCCCAGCAAGGAGACGAAGACCGAGGUGUUUUAUCCACAGCCUAAUUGGAAACCGUUCUCUAUGAGGUGGCCAUAUAUAACGGGUUUGAUUCUCCUAUCCGUCGGCCUCGCCAUCGCCCAGGAGAUCCUCUUCCAGAGGUCUGCCGAGACUCCUCUCAUCAAAUUCCACAACGCCACUGAUCUCGGACCUGGCUACUAUUUCAUCUUCAAAUUCGUCCCAACGAUAAUCACCGUCACGUAUGGCGUGCUGUGGCAAAACACAGACUUCGAAGUCAAGCGGCUCGAGGCCUUCUAUCAGUUGUCCAAGGAAGGGGGAGCGCUAGCGGCGGAGUCAGUCAACGUUGACUAUAUCACCUUGUUCAACUUCACCCGGCCGUUUCGCGCCCUGCAGCGGAGACACUACGCAGUGGCCACCUCGUCCUUGGCAACUCUUCUCGCCGUAUCCUUAGUCCCCACUCUCGGCGCGGCCGCACUGGUCGUGGGGCCGGACCGGCAGGUACGGCUUUCAAACCCUGACGUCGAGAAGACCAUCACCAUGAACCCUAUCCUAUCCCGUCUUCUAACCAUGACUUUCUUCGUCAUCGCAGUACUAGGGUGCGUGCUAUUCUAUCAGCUUAACACGCGACGCUCGGGCCUGCUCUCAGAUGUCAAGGGGAUUGCGGGACUGGCGUCGAUGGCUGUCGUCAGCCACAUCAUGAUGGACUUCAAGGACAUGGACAUCGCCAAGCCAAAGGACAUCCAUCACAAGCUCAAGAAUAGGCGGUACGCCUUGCGCAACUCGUCAUUGGUUCCUGAGGAUUUCGAACAGGUGUCCGCGCUGGAGAGCGAUAGAUACAGGGACGCGCAUCUACCCGAGAACCCGCACCCGCUCAUGCUGCGCGCUGAGGGCUGCAUACCCUUUAUAAUCGGGAUAUUGAUGUUCUUGGGUUUCAUACCGGUGUUUUUGUUUACGCCAGCUAGCGUGCUAACGAAUAAAGCGCCCUGGGUCGUCACCCUCCUCGCAGUUUUCAUUAAGCUGAGUUGGGGCAGCCUGGAGACGGCGAUCCGCAUGAUGGAGCCAUACUACAUCCUCUCGAAGCGGCACGCACCAGCCAAGACGCUGACCCUCGACUACACAGCCAUGCCAUUCGCGGUAGUCGCCGCGCGUGCGCUCUUCAACCGGCACUGGAUGGUGUUCUUGGUUGGGUGGGGCACCAUCAUGGUAGAGGCUCUCACGAUCUUCGUCACUAGUCUGGCUACUGUUGAAGGCCGAGACUUCUUAGAGAUACUAAGCAGGGCAGAAGACCACAACGACGAGCUAGGCGACGAGUUCCUACAAAAGGGCGUCGGCUCAGGCUCGGAAACAGUGCUCUCGUUCACGGUGUCCCUGGUACUAACCGUCCUAAUCCUGAUAUACCUAUUCGUCGUCGCCACAGCGAUAUUUAUCCGCCGGCGCCACCCGUUUCUCCCGCGGCAGCCGAGCACGAUCGCCAGCGUGCUCGCGUUCGUGCACCAGAGUAAGAUGCUGUAUGAUUUUGUUGGGACGGCUAAGUUUACCAACGCGCAGAUGCGUGCGCGGCUCGAGAGCUUGGGUAAGACGUAUGGCCUGGGGUGGUUCUCUGGGCGCGAUGGAUAUGUGCAUUGCGGUGUCGAUGAAGAGGAGCUCAGUGGGAAUUAUAAGCAUGGUGUUACUUUCUCGCAGGGUAAUAAACCUUGGCUUACGGAUUGGCAACACUUCUAG